AUGAAGCAAGAGUUUGUUCGCCAUGUUGACGCAUACGAUCCUCUUAGUGCUGCACAGCCUCCAGUCUUGGAGACGACCGCAUCAACCCUUGUGUCGGACAAACCUCCUAACGACAGUUUCGAUGUGGACGUGAACAAUAGGCCGAACGUUGAAAGGUGCUUUUCCCCCAACCUGUUGGGUCAGCCUUGUCCUGUUGUAUCGAACGGAGACUCAUCGAGGAGGCAAGCGACAUCCGGCUUUGGCGCAUGUGGCGUAGAAAUCCACCUGGCCGAGCCGAGCGUGUGCUCCACCAGGGAUUCACAAGUGUUCGCGGAGACGCACGGUUCUCGGUUCAUGCGCGGUAUUGAACUUCUUGAUCGCCUUCCGCAUGAAGAGUCAAGGGAUGAUUGCCAAGAGGAAAUGGCAAGUGUGUCUGGUGCUCCUCGAAAUCACACAAAACCGCAGCCUGAGCAGCAGCAACGGUUAAACCAUGAAGAGUUAAGAAGCCCUCUUAGUGUCCACAGUGUUUGCGUGUGGGAAGUCGAUGCACCACGGGAUAACAGGAUCGUGAUAACGGAGGAAACUGAACCAGGCUGGGAACAACCCGAUUCACAGCGGGACGCUGCGCUGCAACAGUUGCUGUGUGACGCUUCGAAGGCUCGUGGUAUUAAGCUAACGUGGUUGCUGUGUGGCUUGCUGUUACCUUUCAUGCUCGUGCUCAUAUCGAUGGUGGUGGGAACUGAGUUGCUGUUGAAUGUCAAAGUGGCUGAGCCAAGGAAGGAUGUCAUAAAAUUGUCGACCAGGUUGACACUCAGCCGGUUAAAGGAUAUGUACUAUGAUAUAAGGAGGAUGUCACAGGUUUCUGAAGUAGCUAGGGCCUCAUCUAAGGUUGCAGAAAAGCGCGCAGCACUAGAUUCAGUGUGUUCUUUUCUCCGAGGUGCACCAGUAGUCCUUGCCACAUACAGUGGUGUAAACGCGUCACUUACGUGGACGCACAACUGCUCUGCAGGGGAUCAGACUGAUAUAGCGCUUCCAUCCACUAUGCGUCUCAGUGAUCCAACAUCCCCUACGCCGCGCAUAUCGAGAUAUCGAUCUGACUUGCUCAUUGUGACCGAAAAGUACGGCCCCGAAGCCGAUGUGUUCGUAGUGAUUCUACGAAGAGACAUCACAGGCCUGAUGUUGUUGGGUCACUCUCUAGUCGACGACUUUACGACGGGGAUAAGCCCGUUGGUUGCCAUUUUGUUGCCUAGCUUUUCCUCUUCAAGGCUCACCGUCAGUUUGUACAACAAUGCCCAAUGGCUUGAAGACGCCAACCCACAGAAUAACCCUCAUGAUGAUGAAGUUCUUCUAUUAUUCGAAGAAUGGUGUUCGUCGGGGGACACACACACAUGGCACAGCGUGGGGCGACUCCUGCCAGGGGGUUUAGCCAACACAACUGUGGGAGAAGAUGUGGCACACUUUCCAGCUCCAGUUCCCCGUCUGGCGGGUGGAGGUUUUUUCAGUGUCACCCCCCCUCUGGUGAUGUGCAGUACAUUUUGCGUAGAUGGUACCUCCAACACCUGCGGGAAAGAUAACCCCAGCAGUGUGUGGCUUGUUACUUACGGCUCGUCAUCAUACCGUGGUCUGGAUGGUCUAUUGACAACUGCGAUGGUGGUUGGUUACACCGGUGCAGUUCUGUUUAUGGUAAUGUUGUGCUUCGCCUACAUCAGCAUAGAUGCCCCCGUUAGUUACCUUAAAUCCCUUAUUUUUUCUGCUGCCGGGGGGACGGAACGACGCAAAGAGUGGGACCACACCGUGCAUGGUUGGCGUAAGAUCUGGCUCGGGGAUCUUCGUGCACUAGUGAAUACAUUUCAAAUACUUGCUCUAUGUUUUCGAUUGAACAAGAAGUACGUGCCCCAGCAUAUCUUGGAGAAGCAAGUAAAGAACUUGCUAGAUGUGAAGGAUAAAAUAUGCUCCGCUGACACGGAUGGGGAGGCGGCGGUGGAAGUCGCCGAGGGGAGGCACAAUGAUGACGAUGAUGCUGUAGAUGACAAGGCGAACGUAGGGGCGUUCGUUUGUGCCGCUACUGUUGCGGAUGUCAAAUCGAGCAUCAGCAAACGAAUGUGCCAGGGGUCUCAGUCGGUUACGUCGCUCAACAGAAUACAACCUCUGUGUGGGGUGGGGGACUUACAAGCAACGGAUAUUGCUGUUGAAUCAGGACGGGCAGCCGCGCUUUCGGGCGCUGCGGACGGCAGGGAACCGGUCAACCGUGGCAUGAUCCUUGUGGAAAAUGCAACUAUUCUCACUGUGCACCUUCCCGCAGUGGAGACAGCGUAUUUCACCGAUUUUGGGCUUGCUGUUGAGCAACACCGCCACAUUAUGGCACUUCUUCUGCGCAGUGUUCGGCAGUACCGAGGUGAGCUGUUUCAACGUAGUGGCGAAUGUAUUUCUGCUGCGUGGAAUGCUUUCGAUGGUUGCGCUGACCACGCCAUACGGGCGGCGGCUUGCGCUCUUAGAAUAUUGGAUCGACUAGAAGCCUAUCGCCGCGCUGGAUUCCGUGUGGGCAUCGUGCUCCACCAAGGUCCAUUUGUGUGUGGCGUUGUGGAGGAUCGUGCGGAGGCUUUCACAACCGUGUUUGGUUCUGUCCCACGGCAGGCGAUCGUGUUCAGCGAGUUGGCCGCGUCGCUAACGGUUUUUGACGUUCUGAUCUCUGAACCAGUCAAGGAGUCGCUUUCUUCCCACUACGAGUGUAUCAUGGUGGACGUAAUAAAAUAUCAUGAGGACGAUCCCCCAAUUACACUGUAUGAGUUAAGCAAGGAGCGACAACUACCGAUGACAAAAGGAAUGCCCCGGGGCCCAUCAGCUUUUGCGGAGGAGCAUGCACGUGUGUUUUUCAACUUUCGAAACCACGAAUUUGGCUUGGCUCUGGCCGGCAUCGAAAAGAUGAAAAGAAGCUUUUCCAAGACAGAGUUACGUCUCCUGUGGCGGAUUGAGCAACUCUGUAAAUACUACAUGCACCAUGAGAAGGAUUUGCCACUGCCGUAUUACCGUCGUUUUCCCACUUGGCGAAUUUACGAAGUUACGGAGAGCGUUGAAGGAAGUAAUGAUUUCUUGGCUCUUUCUUCUAGGGGAGGUACUGUUCUCUGCGGCGAUAUCCCACCCAGUGUGAUGGCACACAAAUCGAGUUUUGAUUGCGAUGCAAUGAAAUUCCGACAGGAGCUACAUGACAACGUGCUCGCAUCACGGAGAACUGGCUCCAAAGAAUCGGGUUUAGCUUUUUCCGCAGUGAAAGAGGCAGAUAUGGGGACAGGAUCCCCAUCACCGGCUCGCGAAGCAGACGGUGUGAACCGCCGAAUGUCAAGUAUGUGCUUGUUAACGGACGCUCAUUCGGGUAAUCUUGAGAGUGGGUUAGAGAGAUCCCUUGGCCGGCCGACCACUUCGUUGCGAGAUACGUUGGGUAAAGGCCGUCCCAGCACGGUGCCGGGAGGUGAAUUUGGCACCCUUGAGGCCGAGGGGGCGUCCGCAUUGAACGUUGCAGGGCGGAAUGCGGGCUCUUUUGACGCCAUGAAAUCCACCAACCCCCAAACCAAAACUUGCGCAGAUGAAGAAAAUUAUGGGGAUGUUGAGCUUGGGGUUGGUGACGAGCGGCGUCGUUUCUCAUUUACAAAUUGUCGUCCGUCUAUCAUUGCUGAGGGUCGCAGGCGUAGUUACAAUAGGUGUGCAGAGUCAUGCGUGUCACUUACUAGCGACAGCAUGGAGGAUGCCCACUCUUUUUCUGUAGUUGAUCCAGGGGGUUCUCUCAUGGCGACGUACACUCUACCGAAGAAAAUAGUCGCCAAGAAUGGCAUUACAUACCUGCGCAGCUCACGCAUCCUUGGCAAGGGAUCGUUUGGCUGCGUGUAUCUAGGCAUGGACGUAAACAGUGGUCGUAUGACUGCUAUAAAGUUUCUUCCCAUGCCUUCUGGAGAGGAAGAAGUGUCCAAGGUUGAGACGGAGGUGGUUGCCAUGCAGAAAGUGAAAAGCGGCCACGUCGUGCAGUUCAUUUCUUAUGCUUUUCAGAGUAACUUGAUUAUAAUCAUAAUGGAAUGUAUGAUGGCAGGCUCUCUUAAGGGGAUGUUGGACGCAUUUGGCAGCAUUCCGCCUGCAACGGCUUGCCUAUUCAUUCGAGACGUAUUGCGUGGCUUGCACAAACUUCAUUCUAAUGGUAUCAUCCACCGUGAUGUAAAGCCUCAAAAUGUCCUUCUCACGCUUGGUGGCACGUGUAAGAUAUCCGACUUUGGUGCGUCGGCCUUUCUGAGUGAAGUGGUUCGCAGAGAAAUGGAAGGGAAUGGCCUGCAGAUUCAGGGCACCCCCGUCUACUUGGCCCCAGAGGCAGCACGAGGGAAGCCUGUGGAGCAGAGCGACAUUUGGAGCUGUGGUAUUAUGUUUCUACAGCUCCUUACGGGCGGUCUCCCCUAUGCAGACCAUUUUCUUCGAAUGCCACCACAGGUUCUCGUCUAUCAUAUUGGGUCAGCCUCCGCAAAGCCUAUCAUACCAGACGACCUCGACGAGUUCUGUUUGGAGUUUGUGCAGAUUUGCCUGAAAAGUGACCCGAAUGAGCGUUUGUCGGCGCAGCAGCUGUUGGCACUUCCCGUUUUUUCCCUUUAG